CCCCGCGCACCAGCACGCCGCAGAACAGAAGCUGCUGAGACCAACCGCCAGUCUGACGUGCAGAGUCAACCACCGAAUUGUCAUCUCCGCGGCUUUUAUCCAUUUCAAACGGCGUUCGGUAACUGGAAGGUUCCCGAAGUGUUGGCCAAGGAAGUCCAGAAAGCAACCGUCGGUGGAGAAAUCGACACAAGAUUACAGCGAAAGGAGGGAGGGAUGUAGCUACUAUUCACGUCGUCGUCUUAUUCAGUAAAGACAGAGGAAAGGACCGGUUUGGAAUCAGGCUGCUUUGGCAUUCUGUGGUUCGGGGCGACGGAGACUGGUUGGUUACCGUUAGAUUAUCUGGGACUGGCAGUUGAAACAACUUGACGUUACGAAGGGAAAACCUGCAUGUUCCCAGCUUUUGGCGGCACAGCUUUAAUGAAGGAUCACACCUGUUAACAACACUUGUGAAGGGGGCACCCACCUGAACGAGCAUGGGGUCGCCGUGGAAACCACUUCUCCUGCUGUCCAUCAUCAGUGGCCUUUCAGACUUCGCCAAAGCUGUAGGAGGGAGGCAAGUGUCCUACGCAGCUGUUCUGAGAAUGAAAGGGGACAGCUCAUCAUCACUGCUCAGUUCACGGAGCCGACAUGCCUACAGCAGAGGACUGGUGACUCCUGAUUGGCCGACGUCCUUUUCCAGCCAGCACCCGUCGCCUCUCAAUCUGCUCAGCUAUCAGGAGGAAUACAGGAGUCAAGAGAGUGAGGAGUUCGGGCCAACAUUUUCCCAGGAGCCAGAUGACUCUAUCUUUGCACUGGACUCUGAGGAGAAGAAAGUGAUGAUGAGCUGUGAAGCCAGAGGCAACCCAACACCUGCCUACAGUUGGUUCAUUAAUGGGACUAAGCUGGAUGUAGAGGCAGAUUACCGAUACAGCUUGAUGGACGGCAACUUGAUAAUAACCAACGCCAGCGAGACGGCAGAUUACGGCAGAUACCAGUGCAUGGCGGAGAACAGCUACGGGAUGAUUCUGAGCAGGGAUGCGCUCCUACAAUUCGCCUAUCUCAGGGCCUUCAGCGGCAGGACGCGAGGAGCCGUGUCUGUAAGGGAAGGACAAGGAGUGGUGCUCAUGUGCAGCCCUCCACCUCAUUCACCAGAGAUUAUCUACAGCUGGGUCUUCAAUGAGUUCCCGUCAUUCGUUGCCGAGGACAGCCGGCGGUUUAUCUCCCAGGUAACGGGCAACCUGUAUGUCUCCAAGGUGCAGCCUAGCGAUGUGGGCAGCUACAUCUGUCUGGUGAAGAACACUGUGACCAACGCCAAGGUCCUCAGCCCGCCCACGCCCCUUACACUCAGAACAGAUGGUGUAAUGGGAGAAUAUGAACCUAAAAUCGAGGUGCAUUUUUCCCCGUCUGUAUUAGCAGCUAAUGGAGUCACCGUGAGACUGGAGUGUUUUGCCCUGGGGAAUCCUGUUCCAACCAUCACAUGGAGAAAGAUGAACGGUAACAUUCCUAAGAAGGCUCGUCUGAGGAAGUCCCAGGCAGUGCUGGAGAUCCCAAAUGUUCAGCUAGAGGACUCAGGCACCUACGAGUGUAAAGCAGAGAAUCCCAGGGGAGGAACGGCCUUCAAGGGACACCUCCAAGUUUACACCCUGCCCCAGUGGAGCAGCAGGAUAAAUGACACCCAGCUGGACAGUGGGGAGCAGCUCCAGUGGGAGUGCAGAGCCACCGGGAGGCCUAGACCCUCCUAUCGCUGGCUCCGUAAUGGACAGCCAAUUACACAACAGAGCAGGUUGGAGAUGGUGAGUGGGGAGCUUAUCAUUCACAAGGUCCAGCAAGAUGACUCAGGGAUGUACCAGUGUGUGGCUGAAAACAAGUAUGGAGCAAUCUACUCCAGUGCAGAACUCAAGAUCUUAGCUUCAGCCCCGGUCUUCAACCCCAACCCUAUACGCCUGAUCGCUACUUUGGGGAAGGACGUGUCGCUGGAGUGUAAACCUAAAGCAUCUCCCAAGCCCAGAGUAACAUGGAGGAGAGGGGACCGUAGAAUACAGCCCAACAGAAGAAUAAUGCUGUUACGAAACAACACGCUGAGGCUCGUCAACGCCAGCCGCUCUGAUGAGGGAAACUACGUCUGUCGGGCUGAGAAUCAGUUUGGCUCAGCCGAGAUGACGGCCACACUGUGGGUAAAAGAGGCCAUGCGUGUGGACCUGAGCCCCAGCAGGGUGGAGGUGACGGUGGGGGAGAGUGUGGUGCUCAGCUGCAAAGCAUCACAUGACCCUUCUCUGGACGUGUCCUUCCAGUGGCUCCUCAACCAGCAACCCCUCGACUUCCAACAGGAGGGUGGCCAUUUUGAAUACAUCCAAACACAGUCCUCCACGGUGGACCUGAUGAUCAGAAGCAUCUUGCUGAAGCAUGCUGGGAAAUACGGCUGCCGAGCUCAGACCAGCGCAGACACAGUGUUUGCUGAGGCUGAACUUCUGGUCAGAGGCCCCCCAGGACCUCCUGGGGUGGUGAUUGUGGAAGAGAUCACAGACACCACAGCCACCCUGUCAUGGAGUGCAGGUCUGGACAACCACAGCCCCAUCAGCACCUACCACCUCCAGGCCCGGAGCCCUUUCUCCCUGGGCUGGCAGACUGUACGCACAGACCCCGAUCCAGUGACAGGGGUUAUGGAGUCGGCCAUGGCUGUUGAGCUGAACCCCUGGGUGGAGUAUGAGUUCAGGGUGGUGGCCAGCAACGCCAUUGGGACGGGAGACCCCAGCGUUCCAUCCAGAGGAGUGAGGACGAAAGAAGCAGUACCUUCAGUGGCUCCGGCUAACGUCAGUGGAGGGAACGGUCGAAGGCAUGAACUGGUCAUCUCUUGGGAGCCUGUGUCAGAAGAGUUCCAGAAUGGGGAGGGUUUUGGCUACAUCGUGGCAUUCCGAGCCAAUGGGACGAGAGGCUGGAAGGAGAAGAUGGUGACAUCAGCAGAUUCCACUACAUACAAGUACAGGGAUGAGACAUUCCCUCCCCUCACCCCCUUUGAAGUGAAGGUGGGCGUGUACAACAACAAAGGAGAUGGGCCCUUCAGUGGAGUGGUCACGGUGUACUCUGCAGAGGGUGAGCCCAGAGAGGCCCCAUCUGAGGUAAAAACUUCCAGCACUUCCUCUUCGGAAAUUAAGAUCACAUGGCGACCGCCGAACCCUGGCCCAGGAAGGCCUGCAGGAUACGAGGUGAGCUACUGGAGGGAGGGAGAACAGGAGGAAUCUGGGAAGAAGAAGAAGACGAUAGGGAACGAGACGUCUAUGAUGCUGACCGGCCUGGGCGGGAAUAGUGUGUACCUCAUUACAGUCCGAGGCUUCAACAGCAUUGGCCAGGGCCCUGCAAGCAUACCAAGCGCUGCCAAGACCAGGAAGGACCCUCCUGUCCAGCCUCCAGCCAACCUCAUGUGGAUUCAGGAAGGGAACAAUGUGUCAUUAAACUGGGACCCGGUCAAGUCUCAACCAAAUGAGUCAGAUGUCAUUGGAUACAAGGUCUUGUUGAGUCAGGAGGGGCGUGUCCACCACCAGGUGAUGAGAACCAUCAAUCCCUCUGCCAUCCUAACCCUACCAGAGGGGGGCACCUACAUCAUUGAAGUGCGGGCAGUUAGUGAGGGAGGAGAGGGAGCAGCCAGCUCCCUGGUCCGUGUACUCACCUCUUCAGGAGUGCGGGCAAAGAGCAGCCAGUGUUCAGUCCACUGUGUUCGACCCUGGGCUCUGCCAUGGACAUGGACUGCUCUGCUCCUUACUGUUCCUCUGGUGCCUUCAGCUUCCUGGUGAGGCCUACAGAGACCUCCUGCUCCUCUUUUACAUGGAGGGACUGGGCCUCUCCUUUGUCCCCUCGCCCUCCUUCCAUUCAUCUCCUCCUGAAACUGUUUGCUUGCUCUGGCCUUGCCCAUCAGCCAGACAGAUCUGGGGCCUGCUGAGCGGAUCCACUUCUAAAACCAACAAACAGAUGGUCAAAAAAUAACUCAUUUCUGUCUUUUUUUUUCUUCACCUAUCAACUUCCUGAGAGCUAAACAAAACUCUUCCUUUUUUUCUUUGGCGGGGGGGGGG